AUGGAAACUCACCACGAUCGACGACUCUCUUGCUCCGAAUGGCGUCUUUUCCAUCUUCUCUCGUCUCCGCACGGAAAUCGAAGAAAGAUUUCUCUAUCGGCUAUUGUGGAGAAGAAGAAGUCUCCCAAGAGACUUGUCGUCGAUGAAGCCAUCAAUGAUGAUAACUUCGUUGCAUCUCUCCACCCUGCCACCAUGGAGAAGCUCAAGUUCUUCCGAUGUGAUACCAUUAUCAUCAAGAUUGGCGCAUGGCUAAACACAAGCAAAGACCCUAUUGUAAGCAAUGAGCAGAAAGCCGGUACCUUCUGGAAACGCAUAGCAGCUUACUAUGCAGCUAGUCCAAAGGUGGAAAGAGGUCAAAAACGAGAGGCCAUUCAGUGUAAGCAAAGGUGGCAGAAGAUGAACGAUCUUGAGCUGAAAAACGAUCAGAAAUGGAGUGCCCUUGCAAGUGCUAAGCUUGAUGGACCACAAACAUCAAGCGCUAAGAAGAGAAGGUGUGAGGAUGGAGGGGAAGAGGCUAUCUCUCAGGCAACUACGAAUGAUGAUCACCCCACCAAACGUCCUGUUAGUGUUAAGGCAGCUAAAGGAGCAGGUGGUAAGAGAAACGUAGUUGAUCAACUGGGUGUCUCGGAGUAUCAGCGCAUGUGGUCUAUCAAAGAGCAAGACUUGGCGGCUAAAGAAAGACUUAAGAUGGGUCUGCUCCAGAGUCUCAUUGAUAAAAACGAGCCAGAUCUCAAUUUUGUUCCAUGCUCGGUUAUGUGUCUUAAGUUGUUUGAACUCUAUGUUAAAUGCUCUGUGUUUUAUUUCAAUAGAGGAUGUCACGAGGCCGUAUGUGACCAGAGAGGAUGUCGCGAGAGGCCGUAUGUGACCAGAGAGGAUGUUACGAGAAGGAAGUCACAAGCGUUGUCUGGAAAAGGAAGGAACCAAGAAAUAACGAGGUAUGUAGUCGACUAUUCAUACGGUAAAUGGGUUCUUAGACGAAAAUGUGACGUUCACGAAACCUAUUACGGAGAAGAGUGUCGGUUUCUGGAUUCUGGUUUUCGUUGUCUGAAUAACGGUAGAAAAGAGUCUGGUUUUCGACAAUGGCGAUGGCAACCACACGGCUGCUGCGAUCUUACUAGAUUCAACGUAAGUGAUUUUCUGGAGAGGAGUCGGAAUAGGAGGAUAGUGUCUGUCGGAGAUGCCAUCGGAAGAAACCAAUGGGAGUCUCUUUUGUGUAUGCUUUCACAAGCUGCUUCUAACGAAUCUGAGAUAUAUGAAGUUAAUGGGAACCCUAUAACCAAGCACAAGGGUUUCCUUUCGAUGCGGUUUCCAGAACAUAACCUAACCGUUGAGUAUCAUAGAACCCCGUUUCUUGUCGUGAUUGGUCGGCCACCUGAGAACUCACCGGAAGAUGUCAGAAUGACGGUUAGAGUCGAUGAGUUUAACUGGCAGUCAAAAAGAUGGGCCGGGUCUGAUGUUUUGGUCUUUAACACAGGACAUUGGUGGAACGAGGACAAAACCUUUAACGCAGGUGUCUUUUUUCAGGAGGGAGGUAAGUUAAACAAGACAAUGAGUGUAAUGGAGGGGUUUGAGAAGUCUUUAAAGACAUGAAAGUCAUGGGUUUUAGAGAGACUAGACCCCAAGAAUAGUUAUAUCUUCUUCAGAAGCCUUUCUCCUGUGCAUUAUAGGAAUGGGACAUGGAACUUGGGUGGUUUGUGUGAUGCAGAGACAGAGCCAGAGAUUGAUAUGAAGAAGAUGGAAUCUGAUCCUGUCCACAACAGUUAUAUCUCUAAAGUAUUGCAAGAAAUGAGAUAUGAAUAUUGAAGGGUUAAGUUUAUGAACAUUACAUAUCUGGCUGAGUUCAGGAAAGAUGGUCAUCCUUCAAGGUAUCGUGGUCCGGAUGUUCCUGAAAAUGCUCCUCAAGAUUGUAGUCACUGGUGCUUGCAUGAGAAUGAGAUUCUCUAUGCGCAGCUAUUGGCAAUGAAUUACCAAACAAAAUGA